AUGACAUUGCUAACCAUAGGUAUAGCUCUUGGCGUAUACAUAUAUAACAAAAAAAUCCAUUUAAAGAAAAAUAAUCUGCAGGGUAGUGGCUCUACUCCUAAACUGUUAGAAAUCCCUUCAACUGUUAAUAAAAAUAGGGGAAACCCUACAGAUCUAACUAAUAAUAGUACUCCUGCAGAUGAUUUAAAUAAUUCACAUAAGGACGAAAACUCAAAUAGUUCAUAUGAGGAUCAAAGCUCAAAUAACGUAUAUGUGGAACGUGCAGCAGACAGUUCACAUGAGGACUGUUCUGAAAAUAAUCCACAUGAGGAACAAAGCUCAAAUAGUCUAUAUGAGGACUGUAAUAAAAAUAAUCCACCUGAGGAACGAAGCUCAAAUAGUCUAUAUGUGGACUGUUCUGAAAAUAAUCCACAUGAGGAACAAAGCUCAAAUAGUCUAUAUGAGGACUGUAAUAAAAGUACUUCUGCUAAAAUGGAAGAGGAUGAUAACAAAAUGGAAUCUAGUGAAAACAACUCUACGCCUAAAUCUAUAGAAGAACAAAAGCAAGAACAGAAACCAGAGGGUUCUAGUACUACUGUUAAUCCGGUCUCAAAUUUGUCUGGUAGUGAAUCUAGUACCAAAGUCAUUACAAAAGAUGCUAGUCUAGAAACUAUUAUGGAUACAGAGGUGCUUUCAGAAGAAAAUUCCGAAACACAGCAGAUUCCUUCAGAAGAAAAUCCUAAAAAACAGGACGUGCCUUCAGAAGAAGAUGAAGAAAGUGGUAUGACUGAAGAAGAGGAGCUUAAAGAUAUGUUUGGAAAGAUAUGUACGACAUAUGGUAAUGAUUAUAUACCAGAUGACUAUAUUAGUAACGAAGAAACUCAAAAAAAUAUUUUAAAGUGCUUUAAUGAAGUUGUAAUAGAGGAGGAUUAUAAAGAUGACAAGCAUAACCACAUAACUUUGAAGGAUCUUUUAAUAGAAUUAAGUAAGAUACAAGAGAAAAGUAAUGAUAUUUUACCUUUAGGCUUGAGAUAUGUGUCUUUUAAAUGUUCACCUUUAUUUAAAGAAGAUAAGUAUAUGCAUCGCUUGUUAUUGGGCUACUAUAACAGGAAAAAUGGCUCUCUAGAUAAAUUAAAAAUAGAAGGCUUU